AUGUCGUUGAUCUUGGAUUGUCCAAUGGAUAAGCUUCCUUUACGAAAGAGGGAUGGAGCACGAGUUAUUGACAGCCAAAAACAUGCACACAAGUUAACCUACGACCCUGAUGACAUUGUCUACCUAAGAAGAUCUGAAGGAAUUGAGAAACAAUACAGACAAAAAUGUAAAAGGUGUGGUUUGUGGUUAUAUUAUCAUCAUCAAGGAAAAAGUAAUGUGAUGUUUAUUGUUGAAGAUGCACUUAGAAAAGCUGGAGAAGGUGUAAAAACUGAUGUCUAUAGUCAAAUUUCAAAACCGAAAAAGGUGACAUUAACGAAACACACUAAAAAUAUGGGCAAAUUCAGUUCUGUGACAGUUUCUACAGUUGAUGAAGAAGAAGAAGAAAUAGAAGCGAAAGAGAUUGCUGAUUCUUAUGCUGCUAAUGCUAAAGUGAUUGAGAAACAAUUGCUGAGGAAAGGAAUGAGCAAAAGAAAAUUGAUGGAACAGGCUGAAGAAGAAGCAAAGAAGAGACCAAAAGGCACUUUAAUUGACAAAUGA